CAAAAAAUAAAAAUAGUAUGCAUGCAAACAUAAAAAUGUUUCCAAAAUGACGUUUUAUUUAAAACCUCCCCGAGGUUUAGUAAAUUUACACGUUUUCCAGACCUGUGUUGAAGAGAGACUAAACUGCUAUGAUAAUAUCAACAGAAAUAACAAUGCAGAUGCAGAAAUAUGUAAUUUUCAUUGCUUGGUCGAAGAUAGCCCUUUAGACAGAACUGGACAUUACUUGUUCAGACUUUACGCAUACUUGAGCACUGACUUUCGACGGAUCUUUUUAGAGAAUGAAAAGAAGUUAUUAUUGCUGCGAUUGCUAUGUUAUAAGAAAGAAGAUAUUAAAUAUUUCCUUAAGAGGCUAUUGAAACAUUCAAAGGAAUGUGUAACUCAAGAUAACGUACAUGUAACCGUAAAAGAUAUGUACUUAUUAUUUAUUUCUCUCUGUUCGCAAAUGUUAAAUCGAGAAUAUUUGAAUCAUAUUAUUAAAGAAGUUCACGUAGGUUCAGAAUGUGAAGGAUUCACAUUAAAAGUUCCAUUUUAUCAAUGUGCUUCUUUAAUUGUUCACAGAGAAGUGAAUUUGAAAAAUGGAUUUGUAGAAAUAAAAUGCACAGAUUGGAAGAGAUUAUUUUUAUCUGUUUAUGAAACUUACCUGAGGAGAGCUUUAACUGAAAUGAAAUACAGCCAAAAUGUACGACUCGCAGUAAAUGAUGUAAGGAUAAGAAGCACUUUUAAAGUUAUACAAAAUCAUUGGUUUAAAAACGAAGGCAGCGAGAACGAUAGUAGACUUAAUUUUAAUAUUUCCAAUAUUGAUGCCGAAUCCAAAUUAUUUCCUCUGUGCGCGUUAAAUCUGUAUAAAGUAUUACAGAAAACUAAUAGGUUGUCUCAUAAUGAUAGGUUUGAUUUUAGUUUGUACAUGAAAGGAAUUGGAAUAUCGUUGAGGGACUCAUUAAAAUUUUGGGAAAAUACUUACACUAGACAACAUAGUUCUUGUUCAAAAUGUUCGCAUAAUUGGAAGGACAAUGAGAAACGUUAUAUUUAUGGGAUACGUCACUUGUAUGGUCUUGAAGGAUCAAGAAAGAAUUAUACAGUUAGGUCUUGCAACUUCUUUCAAGAAAAAAUACUCUCCGCUACAGAAGAUGGCGGGUGUCCUUUCAAACAUUUCGAUGAUAGUAAUCUAAGACAAGUGUUACAAAAACUCCUUCCUAGCAAAGAGGAUGAUGUCGAAGUUAUGAUAUACGAAAGGAAAGAGAAUCCUAGUUUAGCUUGCAAAUUAUUUUAUGAAAAUGUUUUUAAAAUUAUUACUGAUAAUUGCAUUGCCGACAAUAUUAGUUUCAGCAACCCUGUAGAAUAUUAUCUGUCUCUGAAAAAACAUAUUAGUAAAAACAGUAUAGACAGUGCCAUUCAGGCUGUAGGACCGGUGGCAGUUGGUGAAAAAUAGUCAUAUUUUGAUAAUAGUUUCUUGCAUCAAUACAUAAAGAUAAAUGAAUUAAUCCAUACAAAGGAAAUAUGUUUCACCUAUACCUCUGACUUUCGGCACAUACAGAUGUAUAUUUUUUAAUCUCAGUGUGAUAAAAUUGAUCUUUAUUUUAUAUAAUUUUAUAAAAAAUUCUUGUGUUAUUGAUCUAUCAAUUUGUAGGA